AAGCGCCGUGUGAGGUCGCUCGUGGACCAGUCGCAGGCGUGCCGGAGACUUGGGGAUCCCGCUCAUCGGCACUUCCCCUCUAGCUUGACAGGAUGAUCUACCCGGGCGGCGCGCGGCCCAGGGGCGCAGGCGGGCCCCGGGCGCGCGGCAAGCGCAGGCCGCAGCAGCCCGUGGUGCAGUGGAAGCAGCGCAACGUGCAGCAAGGCCUGGUGCUGGUCGACGAGGCGCAGCUGCGCAAGCUCAUCAAGCGAGAGCCCUUGCAGCGCUUCUACGACCUGGACCCGGAGCCCUUCGCCACGGGCCAGUUCGCGAGGCUGCGCCGCUGCCGGUCCCGGGACACGGGCCGCCUGUUCGCCGCCAAGUUCUCGAGCCGCGCGCGCUACGGCGAGGACUGCAGUGCCGAGAUCCACCACGAGAUCGCCCUGCUGUCGCUGUGCGCGCCGUCGUCGCGCGUGGUGCGCCUGCACGACGUGUUCGAGACGCCGUCCGAGAUCAUCAUCGUGCUCGAGUACGCUCCUGGCGGCGACCUGCAGAGUGUCAUCGACGACAACCAGGUGCCCUUCGAGGCGGACGUGGUGAAGUUCGUGCGGCAGCUGGUGGAGGGACUCGUCUACCUGCACGACAGGAAGAUCGCGCACCUCGACAUCAAGCCGCAAAACUUGGUGAUGAUGGCAGACUUCCCAGAAUGCGACAUCAAAAUAUGUGACUUUGAAAUUUCUAGAGUCAUACUGGAAGGAACAGAGAUAAGGGAGAUUCUAGGAACACCAGAUUAUGUGGCACCAGAGAUACUACAUUAUGAACCAAUUACUUUAGCAGCUGACAUGUGGUCCCUGGGCGUGACGGCGUACGUGCUGCUGACGGGCUUCUCGCCGUUCGGGGGAGAGACGGACCAGGAGACCUUCUGCAACAUCUCCAAGGCCCAGCUGGACUUCCCGGAAGAGCUGUUCGAGGACGUGUCGGUCGCGGCGCAGGACUUCAUCAGGCAGCUUCUCGUGAGGGACCCCAAAUCACGGCCUACAGCUAAGGAGUGCUUGCGCCAUCCGUGGUUUGCCAAUCAAGUUUCUGCGACACUUCCUCAAUGUGUUUCCUCCCAAGCCAGCAACAAAAGUUCUCACAGUGCUGCCGCUCAGAAGAACUUGCGCAAGUACCUGUCAAAAUCAAGGGAAGCUUUGUUCGAGCGAGUAGUCCAACAGCAACAGCAGCAGCAGCAGCAACAACAGCAGCAGCAGCAACAACAGAACCGAAACAGCCUAAGGAAAAAUACACUGUUGUCUCAGUUGAACAAGACGAGGCUUUGCGAGAGUCAAGUUUCUCUUGUGUCCAAGUCCAGAGAGCGACUCUUCAUGGCAGACCACCAACUGAUGAUGUCUCCUUCCUUCAGUCGUUCUCGGGAGAAACUCUACGGGCUACGCAGCUUGUCCAAGUCCCACGAAGUACUCGACUUCUGCAGGACUGCGAUCGGUGGUGCUUCGCAACAGCCGCAGGAUGCUGCAGGAAUCAUAAAGUCGAUCACCAGAGCAACAACAACGGACCUCAGCACGAUACCGAUGAUCAGGCAGAAGCAGCUCCACUCCUACGUCAGAUCCUCCACAACAUGUAUACCCAGCAGUGUCACUAGUGAAGCGCUCACGUCUGAAGACAAAGCAGCAGAAAAUGAUGUUUCAGAAAACACUACAUUCAAAUCAACAACAGAAAACAUAAUGAAGGAUCAAACUCACACCCCCGACGAGAAACACAAAAAUUAUUCUAACACUUCUGUUACUGAGAUACCUAUAGCAGCAGCACUGUUAAGUCCACAGCUACUAAAGGAAACUCUGAAAAAUCAAACCCAGUGCAUGCCUGAAAGCCAAAUUAGUCAGACAACUAUUCCCACCACUGAAAAAAGCCUAGUUCCAGAUUCCAAAAGAAUUCUCAAUGGCCUCACCGAAGAUACUAAAGCUCUACUAGGGGUCACAAAUACAAGUGACAGUGAUGGUGAAGCAACAAAUAACAUAAACAGGUUACAUCCCAGAGUCAAGGACCACGUAAGCAAAUUAAAUCCUGCCGUGCAACAAUACGAACAAUCAGAAACAAAUGAACAGUUUCACAGCUUAGAAACUGUGAACUCCGAAGACUACACAGUUACAUCUGAAUCCGGGUCGGAAAUUGAAAAGAAUGCAAAUGAGACAAACAACAGAAGUACAACCGAUACAGACAAGGAAAGUGAAGAGUCAGACGAACCCAGAUUUACUGUCGCCCAACUAGUGUCUGCCUUCAAUCGGCACCAAGAAGUCAUAACUAAAACGUCGCUAGAAGUGACGAUGACUGCAACGGAUAAAGAAACGAAGAUACCUCCCCCACUUGUAGAAGCUACGAACAGUAAAUUCCCCACAGGUCCGAAUGCUCUAAGACUGUUCAUUCCUGGAAUAGACAUCACAGCACCCACUAAAAAGAAAGACAAGAGGAAAAGAACAGUGUCAACCAAGAGCUUGAAAUCCCUUCAGCCUGAUGAGCCCACACCUCAGUAUGAUACACAGUCUUCUCAAGAAAAUGAACCGGCGUCUGAGAAAACAGAAGCUGGCACCCUAGUAGCCCUCCAAAAUGAAGAAACAACGGAAUCUCAGCCUGGUUACCAAGAAGCGACAGGUAACGAAAAUUCCGACAGAACCAACAAUAACUGCAAAAAUGGGGACAACAGCAUAUGUAAUCUUGUCAUCGAGCCUCCAUCCCACGAGAACUGUCAGGAAAGAAAAGACACCGCAGACAACUGCCACAUCACCAUCAGCAACACGCGGGAACCUGAAGAAGCUUCCUAUUAUUCUCGAUCUGAAUCUUUGUCGAGCGACACAAGCGAGUCCAAGACUCCCAGCGACUGCUACAGUUCCAUGGACACGUGCUGGGACGAGCCGGCAACCGCCAACUGCAAUCCGGGAGCUGCACCGGACACCCAGUCGAACAGAUACACAGAGAAUGACGGCUCAGCCGUCACGACGGAGAUCGUGCAAGCUAACAACUCUUCGAGAGUACACACGUGGGGACGGCUCUGCACAGGAUCUUACACUCGCGCAAUGGAGAAGUUCGGGGAUAAAGUACAAGAUCCAGUUUCAGAAGCGAAGCCCAGGCCACUCCGGAAGUCGUUCAUUCACGUGCCAUCACCUCGUGAUGACUCCAGUGACAGAGUGAGAAGGAAAUCAAGUCCAGUAAUAAAGCAGUAUCUUUAGAUGUUGCUUGCUCUGACAUUUUUAGCAGGACAACUUGCUAGCCAAACAAAUGUACAUAGUUUUGAAAAUCAGUACUACAGAAAUAAUUUUUGUAUGAUAAUUAAUGGUUACUUAAUGUCAUUGUUACAUUUGAUAUUUAAAUAAAAUGUGUAUUGUAAACGUUGGAACCUUAUUCACAUAUAUCUAUAAUUAAAAAUUGUAAUUAUUUUGAGAAAAGUUGUUUGUAGGUCCAUAUUUCUGUGUAAAACGUCACCUUUGUUUAUCCACAAUAAAUUCUGCAGGCUGUAAUGGCUAUUUUCUCAAACACUUGUUUUGUACUAGACAAGCCAGUACUUGGUAUGUUACAGUAGCAGCUUCUAUGGCCACCUUGGUAAAGAAAAUGCACAUUCGUAGUUGGACAAUGUAGCAGGAUGAAGCAGGAAACAUUUGAAAAGAAAUUAUAAUAUAAAAUAAUAAGAAUGGGAAAAAGAGGAAAGUGGGGAAAAAAUUCUGAAGUACAGCAAAAAGUCUUCAAUCCAACAUUUUUGGGACUAGAGCCAUGCUGGAUUAGUAGGGACAAGAUUUAAUGGUUUUAUUUAUUUACAUAAUGUCUUUAUUUAUUUUAAAAAAAAGUGUAUUAUUCAACAAAUUUGAAACUGAAAUAUUUCAUAAUACUUAUUUCACCAAAAUAGUCUCAUUAAGAUUGCCACCUGAUGCACUUUACAGUAACAUCAUUAGUAACAAGUAUGUCUAGAACAACUACUCAGAAAAAUAAAAAUAAAUAGAAAAUUUUUGUGUGUUUGAAAUAUGUGCCAUCAUAAGUGUAAAAACGUGUUACUAGUGUAAGACAUGCAAGAUUGAACAGUAUAAUAUUAAUAUUUUUCCAAUCCAUUUAGGUACGUAAUUCAUUUUGGUACAAAAUUCAUGCUCAAUAAAUUACAUUCAACGAGUUCACCAAAUUUAAUUUUUGUAAUUUGAGUUAAGUUUUGUCAAAUUACUGAUUGAUUUAUUGUUUUUAAUUAAAUUUUGGUUCUAAAUGGUGUAUUAAAUUGCAUUCCGUUUUAAAUUGAAUGUUGU